ACUGACCCUAACAUUGAUUUGACUGAUCCUCAUCAUGAAUCGUGCUUUUAGCAGGAAAAAAGACAAAACAUGGAUGCAUACUCCAGAAGCUUUAUCAAAGCACUACAUUCCCUAUAAUGCAAAGUUCCUUGGCAGUACAGAAGUGGAGCAACCCAAAGGAACGGAAGUUGUGAGAGAUGCUGUGAGGAAGCUGAAGUUUGCCAGGCAUAUCAAGAAAUCUGAAGGCCAGAAAAUUCCUAAAGUUGAGUUGCAAAUAUCAAUUUAUGGAGUGAAAAUUCUAGAACCUAAAACAAAGGAAGUCCAGCACAAUUGCCAACUUCAUAGAAUAUCAUUUUGUGCAGAUGAUAAAACUGACAAGAGGAUAUUCACUUUCAUAUGCAAAGAUUCUGAGUCAAAUAAACAUUUGUGCUAUGUAUUUGACAGCGAAAAGUGUGCUGAAGAGAUAACUUUAACAAUUGGCCAAGCAUUCGACCUAGCGUACAGGAAAUUUCUAGAAUCUGGAGGAAAAGAUGUUGAAACGAGAAAACAGAUUGCAGGAUUACAGAAAAGAAUUCAAGAUUUAGAAACGGAAAAUAUGGAACUCAAAAACAAAGUACAAGAUUUGGAAAACCAGUUAAGAAUAACCCAAGUAUCAACAUCACCAGUCAGCAGUGUGACCCCUAAGUCUCCCUCCACUGACAUCUUUGAUAUGAUUCCGUUUUCUCCAGUAUCAACCCAGUCUUCAAUACCAAUACCUACCCGCAAUGGCACACAGCCACCUCCGAUACCUAGCAGAUCUACUGAGAUUAAGCGAGACCUGUUUGGAGCAGAACCUUUUGACCCAUUUAACUGUGGAGGAGGGGAUUUCCCUCCAGAUAUUCAAUCAAAAUUAGAUGAGAUGCAGGAGGGGUUCAAAAUGGGACUAACGCUGGAAGGCACAGUAUUUUGUCUCGACCCGUUAGACAGCAAAUGUUGA